AUGCCGUCGUCCUUCAAUAACACCUCGCUCCGCUUCCGAUCCUUCUGCGCCACAAACGAUGAUCUCCUCCCCCGACCGAGCAUGGAUGCGCGCCCAGACCGCAUUCCGGACAACGUUGACACUACCGUUAUGAACCCGUCCAAUGACUUCCGACCCGCCAGUAGCGAUGGGAAAUUGCAGUGUUGUUGUGGGAGGCCAGAAUGUGUCUAUCUGGAGAACAACAACACUAUCUUGGGCGGCAUCGAAAGAGACCUCGAGACCGCCGCAAGAUUGGGUCAGGCUCUUCUCAGCCGGCAUGAAUCCUACGUUUCCGAGUCGCAGCACGAACAUCAGCGCCUAACGGCUUACAUCAACGAACUGGAAGACGAACGGACUGCUUUGCAGACCACAAACGACAAGAUUGUGGAGGAAAAUCGCCAGCUCUUGACGCAACUCGAAACGGCCAACACAUCCCUCAAGGAGAGCGAUAACCAUGUCAAGAAUCUGGAAGCGCUGCUUCGUGACUGCGAAGUCGAGGUGCGCAGGUUGAAUGGCCUCAGCCGGCGCACGGAAGAAUUGGAGCUCAAAAUACUCGAGAUGGAGAAGGAACGCAUGGCCAUGACCCAACAGGCAGAUGAUGCGCGAGGCGAGUUCCGGAGCACGGUCAAGCGGUGGAGAGAGAGCGAGAUCAAAGUCCGCCAGCUGGAGCGUGACGUGCAAAGAAUCGAAUGGGAUGCGAAGGAGGACCGGGAACGCUACGAAGAGAUCAUUGCCAGGCUGGAACGUGAACGCACCUUGGAGAGAGAAUUAGGUGGCGCCGAGGGUCGACUGAAAUCCGCUGCUGCCUUCAGAGGUCUCAACGCAAAUGAAAAGAACACCAAUGUGGUCGGCCAUUUUGUGAGGGACAUCCUACAAGACAAUGCAAAUUUACAGGCUGGGAUUGUCGAGCUCAAGGAACUACUUCAAGCGUCGAACGAAGAAGUACAGAACCUGAGAGAGCAGAUCCUGGAGCAUCAGCCUGUAGACGACGGCACAUCCGACCCCAUCUCUGGGUCAGUCCCAUUGAGCGAUCAGCCUGGCUGGCCACAGCCUUCUCCGAACGUGCAACAAUCAGUCCAUGUCCACCACCAUUACCACGCCAAACUUGCGAAACGAGACAGGGCUCCCACCAUCCGAAAGGCAUCUCGCAAGCGGACCGUCGUGGGCCUCGGGUUUCUUCCGUCGACGCCAGAGUCUUCAGCACCUACGACGCCGAUUGCCGGUCCUCAUCGGGUUGUGUCCAGCCCGGUGUUGCCCAUUGCCCUCCACCAGCCACAAGCAAAGAGGAAACGCUGGUCUGUGCAAUCCGCCGCAACAGGCUCGUCUGUGGUCUCCAGCUUCCCCAGCUCUCCCCGCUCAUAUUUGGAGCACUCCAGCUCCAUCUUCGACCGGCUGGAGGCUGGUGAAGAAUCGUCCAGGCCCACAAGUCCCGAGUCCAGUGGCGGUUUCGCAUCUCCUCCGUUGAAACUGAGGCCCGAAUACGAUGAUAGAACAAAAGACCUGCUCACCGAGGAGGAACUCGAAGAUGGUGCUAUAGAAGCGUUUGCGGAAGAUGAGCACGCAGACUUGAAAGAUGAUGUGAACCACCGUGACGGAGAAGAGGUCGACGAACCAGCCUCGCCUGACCUGACGCCCAAGCCUUCCCAAAUUCUUGUUGCUGGUGAAGGGGUGAAUGACACAAGCCAACCAGACCGACUCGAACCUGACCCAACCGAGCAGCGACAUGGAGGGGCGGAACCAGAGCCACCUGAUAUAGUCAUUGACGAGGAGGUGGCGUCGAAUAUACCAGAUAAGUCACCAGAAGAGGCACAGAACGACGGUAUGUGUCCCCCGACAAUUUCCUAUGGUCUGGAGGUUACCUCCGAUGUUGCGAACCCAACCAGUUUCCGACGGACGUCCUCGAACGAUUCUCUUGUGUCAAUCUCUGGCAUGGAUAUACACAUCGCGAAGAGACCUUCUUCGUCGUCAGCUCAGCCAUCGAGCGUGUUGAGGGGUAAUAAGGCAUAUUUCGCCCUUUCGCCAUCUGCAGCACGAAGGAUCACUUCUGCACAACCAUUGGCCACGGUGACAGAGUAUACGGCACUGAGCUCGAUGGCAUCGUUGAGCUCAGUCUCGGCGAGCGGUGUGUCAGUCGGACAACAGCUGCCGCGAAGAAGUGCCAGCUCGAGUGUGGCAGCAUUGAAUGGUCUGGCGGAUCAUCCAUCCUCCCGCCUUGAGGACCAGGUACCUACCUCGUCCGGCUUGGGUCGUCUUCUUGGUGGUUGGGUAAAAGGGAGAUGGGGCAUUGCACCAAUCAAGUCAAAUGCCGACUUGACAUCCUCAGCUGCUUCGAUUGAGACGUCAUCUUCGAGCGAAACACAGGCACAAGCCUCGUCUCCUUUGUCGUACAUGGGUGGCAGACCGCCUGGAAUCAAUCAGAAGGGACCUAUUCCCGGGUUCAAACCGACGCCAAAAAUCACCGGUGUACAAGUUACGAUAGUUGAUGAGCAGGGGCUGAAGGAGAGCUUGGCAGAGAGUUGA